AUGUCCCCUGAUGUGUAUGAGGAGCCGGAGGAGGAGCUGGUGGUGACAAAGAAGGAAGAGAAGGGGAGAGCUAAGAAGAAAGGUCGGCAGUUGCCUCCAGUGCCACCAAUCCCUACAGAUGAUCGACCACCAUUACCCCCACCAACAGGUGGCAGGAAAGGUUCCAGACCUCCCCCUCCGCUUCCACAAGAGGAACAGGAAGUAUACGAGCCCAUGGAUCAGGGAGAAUUGUCAAAUGAAUACAUAGACUUGGAACAAGCAGCGCAUGAGUAUACAAGCUUGGAACAUACAACAAGAGGAAGCAGAGUGCCUGCCCCACGUAAAACAUCCCGCCCACCACCUUCUGAAGUGUCAGGUCGUCCAUUGCCUAAUGUCCCCAGCCCAACAGAGAAGCCUGAAAGAAAAGCAAGGUCCAAAAAUGGCGUGCCUCCAUCACCGAAGCAGGAUGAGCUGGAGCAGUUUGACUGGUACCACAAGAACAUCGAGAGGCCAGCGGCAGAGGCCAGACUUAUGGAAAAGGGAGAAGAUGGGAUGUACCUGAUCCGGAAGAGCAAGCGUGGUGGCACCGAGCAGCAGUACACGUUAACAAUCUACAAGCAGGGGCGUGUCUAUAACCUACCCAUCAGGAAGAGAAACACAGAUGGCAAAUUUGCUCUCGGAGCACCCAAACCAAAUGAACUUGACUUUGAUACAGUGUCUGGCUUGGUGGACUACUUCAAGAAGCAGCUGAUCAAACUCAAUCCUAACGCGAAGAAUGCAGCAGGCAGCACAAGACUCGUCAUUCCCCUCAGCAAGUAGACACGCCACUCAUCUUGGAGAACCAUACCAUUGUCUUCCGAACUGGGUGUGGCAGUUCCUUGAGACUUCCUGUGAUGGUAGUUAUAGCUGAGCCACUCAAAGCCGUGACAGUGGCUGCUUGGUCCACUUUACGUGCAUUCCAGUUCCGAGUUCUCAGACCUCGCUAGAAAAUAUCUCUGUCAGUAUAUUUGCUACAGCAGUUUAUUUUUGUAUCACAAAUACAAAUGUAUUUGAUAUGUGGAAAUAGAUUCCCAAAUGUACCAAUUAUUAUAAACCGGUGUUAAGACAGGAGGUAAAACCAAAUGUGAUAGUCAGCUGAAAUUAAUGUUAUGAUAUUUGAUAGUGGAGUACUGCAAAAUAGAGUUGGUCAUGUGACCUGAACCAUUAUAAUGCUACCAUGUAAUGCUAACUGCACUGUUCCAAUAUAUUGUCAGGUAUAUGCCUUGCUGUGACAGUCACUGAAGUACUGACUACCCUCUAACACAUAGAUUGAGUAUAUUGAAUCAGGUUCCAUGUGAGAGUGGGACAUGCAGUAGCCUAGUGGUAAGCUCUUGCUCACCACAAUCAAGACCUAGGUUUGAUUCCCCCACAUGCAUACUGGCCCCGUAUGUGAUAUUGCUGUAAUAUUGCUGAAAGUGCUGAAACUUAUGUAAGAACACUUGUAUAGGCUGCAGUUAAGAUCUCAACAUAAGGAAACACCUUGUUAGUAGCAAUGAGAUUAGCGAGUUCAAAUCUUUGAGAUGAAAAUAAUCAUACAAGAAUGCAUUUGUAUAGGAUCAAUCAGACUUAUGUUAGAAUUUGUGUUUGAAAAUUUAAUCUGAAUUCAAGAUUGUUUUAAAAUGGUGGGUUUUUUUAGAAGUAUGGUGAUGAAAACAUUUAGAGAUUUAUUCCGGUGCUUAAUGUCCAAGAACAAUUUGUACAUUAAACUUUGUGACAUUGAAAUCAAAUAUGUAUUGCUAUUUGGUUAUAGUUUUCAGGUUUUUCAAUUUAGCACAUUCUUCAACUGACCCAACCAAAGACUUCUAUUCAAUACAAACUGACAUUACUAAUGCUUGCUUUUUACCAUAUAUCUUCACAGUGUUGUUUUUGUGGCUCUUGGGUGAAUGCAUGGGUUGGUGGCACAGUCUAAAGAUGAAAUUAUAUCGGUCAGUAACAUGGCUUCAAAUCCCUCAAAAGUUGACAGAACCUUGAAUAACUUAUCACUACCUUCGGCCCAAAAUGACCAGAGACUCUGGAGACAUAAAGAAUCCACCUUUUUGUCGGAUUUCAAAUCUGCAAAACUGUUCUCACUGAGAUUGCUGUAAUAUUCAGGGAUGAUUUUGUGGAAAGAGUUUUUUAGGUGUUGUGUUCAAAUGAGCAAUUGCUGAAAUACUGAAAAGGAAAACUACAUGUACUUGAAAUAUUACUUCAGAACUAUUGAUACUGACAUGGUUGAUACAUUCAGCAUGGUUACCUGUGGAAACAUCAAUAUCCCUGGCUUUUUCAGGCUUUUCCAAAGUACAGUGGUUGAUGGGUAGUGUUCCCUAUUGUUGGGGGUGUGGAUAAUUCAGCCCUGGCAGUGGGUUAAGUAUGGCUGAAAAUAAAAGUAGUCUCGGUUCUUCCACAAAACUUACAUUCCGUCAUGAAAGAAUUACCGUAUAUUACCAUAGAUAAGCUGAAUGUUGAGGACCAAAAAUAGCAGUCAAACUGUUUUUCAGGGGGUAAGAAAAUGACAUCGUAUCACUUCGCGUGAACAAACAAACAAGAGAAGAUGACUUGUCAGUAAAGAUUUGCAAUUAAACAUCUCUAGACAAGAUUAUUUACCUAUUCAGUCAUCACAUAUUAAGACAAUGAACAGUUCUAUCCCAGGGAGGAUUCAUCGUUCAGUCUUACCCCAUAAUGUGAUGACCACUAUGCUGGUGUUUCAACUGUCAUCACUGGACAAUCAGCUAUCUUUCGCUUUUAGUAAUGUCAGUAUUAUGUAAACAUGUAGAUAUUUUAGCUUUGGAAAUUUAAUGUCCACAAAUUUGUUUAUCCUUGAGCACAAGUAUGUAAGGGACAUCCAGAGAAUGCUGGUGUCAUAACAUAAGAAAGUUUAACAUGUACCUAACCAUGGUAGAGAGAACAUGGCUUGAGUGUUGUAAAUAGAAAAGGAGUACAAAUUAGUAUUAUCUGUUUAUUUCCUAUCAUAAAUUGUUGUUCAAAAGGCAUAAUAAUAUGAAAAGAUCAAUGAGGAUGUCAUAGUUCUAUGUGCAUGAUGCGGCACCAUUUCUUACUAAGAGUACCGACACUUUUCUCUCAUUAACAUGAAAUGUGUUCAUAUUAGGGGCGUCAUUGAUUGAAAGUUGACAAUAUAUAUCAUAAGUAUUUUGAUAUGUAAUAAAAUUCGUUAUUCUGUUUGUUUAAAGAUAAACAUUUUCUAUCGAGACCUGAGUUAAUUUAAUUCUAAAUAUCAGCAAGACUUAUCUGUUUAAUAACAUGAACUAUGUAUGUCAUCAUAAUUAUCUGUGACAAUGACAUUGUGACUCUUUGCACACAAAACAAUUGUAAUAAAGUGGCAAAUGAGCAGGAAAGGAUAAAUGUAAUGUUCAUUGAAUAUACUGGGUAACUGAAGAUCCUUGCCACAGAUGCAUAUUGACAUAUUUCCUAUCUGGAGAAAACUUACCUUAAAAUAGGACAAAAGACCUCAAGUCUGUGGCUGUUGAAUGCAUGGCAAUGCAUUGUUAAUAAAAUAGCAUGCCACAUUAACAAAUAGAUCUUUAGGCUUUAGUAUUAUUUUCAGACAUCUGUUUUUUUGCCUGGAGCAAGAGUUAGAGGAGCUAUGGAGGAUAUAUAACUUAUGUUCACUGCAUGCUUGAAACCAGAUUUUUGUUAUUUUACACCAGUUGCAACGUACUCUAGGACUACCAUUUUUAAUUUACAUACAAUUUUUCAAUUUGUAAGACUUGUUGUUCAGUGAAUUACACAGCUUGCACAGGAGCACCUUUUCUAUUUUUCAGUUGUUAUUGAGCAGCCCAAUAGUAAGUUGUCGUAGUGCGACAGUCUAGUGUGAUACAGGCUAACAAUCAUUGUGACAGAGUUGACUUGUUCUCCAUGAAGUCUUCAUUUGUUAGUCAUUACUGGCUUUUGAUAGAAACUGUUCAUUAUAAACUCCUCAGUCUAAGUAAACUUAGGCUCAGUAUUAUUCGUUACACUGCUAUACUGAGUCUAACCAUAGAAAUAGAGCAGAACUUUAUUUCUAUGGUCUAACAAACCCUAGUAGAAAGUCGCAUCAGCUAACCUUUGAGCCCACCUAUCACCAUCCAAUCAAACGCAUGACGGAUGAAUGGAUUUAACCAAUCAGACAACGGUUACUAUUUAGGAUUUGGCUGGACUUACAAAAUGGAUUUUCUCUUCCCUGGUCACUGAAACUGAUCUCUCAACAAACGAAAAUCCGUAUAAAACCGUAACGAACAAUACUGAGCCUAAGUUUACGUAGACUGGAAACUCCUCAACAUUGAUUGGAAUACUGAUCUAUUUUUGUAACUCUGCUGUGAACAGUUUCUGUUAUAUAGCUGAUGUAUCAGCUUAAUACACCAGGAAGGUGUACUGUAACAUUAAAGGCACAAUGACACAUGUUCGACAAUAUAUUUGGCCUAUGUUGAGGCAUAUGCACACUUUUUAGGUUCCUAUUAAUGCAAUAAAAGAUUUAUUAUACCUAAUGACUUGCCUGAAAUCGAUAAUGGAAACUUUGAGGUGAACAGCUUCCAAACAUAACACUUGCCAUAUAUGGAAUGUAAACUGACUGACUGUCUGAGUUUAGUUUUACGCCGCUUUCAGCAAUAUUCCAGCAACAUCACGGCGGGGUGGAAUGUAAACAAUUGCUCCGUACAUCGAAAACUGUCACAUGCGAAGUUGUCAGUGUUUUCCGGACUGGUUUCAAUCACAAGUUGUGUGUAGGAUAUUCGUAAAGAGCGCUCCAAGGGACAUAACUCUAUGGGGUUCACCUGAAAUAAUGUUCGGACAGCAGAAGGCGCAAGAGUCAAUUUAAUGCAAUGUUGCAUUAAUUCAAACUUUUUAAUUUAAUAUUGUAAUCUAACUACACAAUUUUUGAGUAAUAAAUUAUAUGGUAGCUUCCCUGAGGGCUGAUAGUUAGUAUUAUUGAGAAAAAUGCAUUAUAUAUUUUUAGAGAAGUGUGGUGUGAUAUCGUGCCUUUAAGAAAGUUGAAGACAAUCACUUAUUAACUUGUGUAAUUCAUGUUUAAUGAACUUGAAGCUGAAUGAAUGUUACACUUACGUAACGACUUGAAAUAUUUGUGUCAUCCUUCUGUCUCUGUUUGAACACUUCCCAUAUAUUCCCAUCAUAUACUGACUAGUGCUGGAUUAUAAUGAUAGAUGUAUCUUCAUUGUGCCAUAUCUAACACUAAACGUAACAAAAUGAAGACUUCAGGAGAAAUGGUAGUGCUUUACCACUGAUACCACCCUGUUGUGUUGUAGUGUUGCUGCAUAGAAUAUUUACAGCGUACAGAGUUUACCAAUGGCAUGCAUACAUUGAUGCAUAAUGCUUGGGUAGUUUGUUGAAUAUUAGUAUUUCAAAAUGUUUUUGUAUACAAAUUUUAAUAAACGUUUGAUCAAAGAA